AUUGUCCUAAUGAGCUGUAUUCAAACUAGGCGAGUGUUUGGUCGAGUGUAGAAAUUAAUUGCGUAAUGCUUUUUAUUGUUGCGCUUCGUUAUCUACGAUGGAAAAUAUAAAUAAACAAAUAACUAUCCUACUUUGUAAAUUUGUUCAUUUUCUCCAAGCUACGACCCAGUACGUUGUCAAAAGAUGGACCCCGGAGUUCAUUAAAAAUGCUCUGAAGUUUACUGCUGAGAUUGAAAAUGUAAAGAGUUCCUAAAAGUUAUUGUUUCACAGAUAGUAGGCAGACUGGCGGAUGAUGAAAAUUUGGCAGUUCAGCACUUCAUACAACAUAUGAGUACUAUAUUUCCUCAUUUCACAUCGUCGGUUACUAGCUUCCAACUUGUAAAUGCAGUCGAUUGGGCUAUUGAGAGUCUUUGUAGCAAUCCGUACCUUUCACAAACAAAUCGGGAUUGUAUCUUUGAGUAUUGCUUAGAUACCAAUCGCAAAUUACCUCAAUUUAACAAGUACUAUCCGGAGCUACACUUUAUACCUAAUGACGUGUUGCAGAUUAUUGAAUCCCGUUUAUUUGGUUCACAUAUAUCUUCUAUCAAGACAUUAACUGAGGCGGAAAAAUAUUUAGAUUCAUGUUUCGCAUUGGAUGAUGGUUACACCAUACACUUGCUUAUUCGUGUACUAGAACAGUCAGAACAAUGUGACAAAUCAGAUGCUUUACGUACUGUCAUUAUUCACUGGUUACUUGUUGCUAUCCAAAAAGAUCAUGAGGCGUAUAUUUCUCUGGCUUCAUACAAUCCUGAUCGUUUACGUGAUUUAGCCAUACAGAUCCCUGAUUUUGGAAAAGUUAUAUUAAAGCUGUUUGAUGAAACUGAACAUAUACAAUUUAAGGAGACUGGUUCAGAGCAAAUUAAUCAGUGCUCACCAAUAAUGGACUUAUUAAUCAAUCUGUUUAAACGAAUUUAUUUCGUUGAUCAUUUAAAUCCCCUCCUGUUGUCACAGAUUAACCGAUUAUCAAAAAUGAAUAAUUCUGCAGCAAAGUUUUGGAAUUCUGUUGCAUGUACUGUAAAUGUCUUAAAGUGAUGUGAAACAAAGAUACUUAUUGACGUUAUUGUUGUUGUGUAACCCUUUUUCCAUGUCUUAAUUUUAUUGUAAUUGUCGCUUCCUUUUUGUGUUACUAGUAUUGUAAACUGGCCUUAAUUAUAUUAUCCAUCGAAGAAUUCCUCAAGCUAUCUAGCCCAUGCCUUUGAGGCAGCCAGUAUUUUGUAUAGUUUUCACAGUAUCCAAAUUAUUUUUAAUUAACUGAAGUACUGUCAGAUGAUUAUUUAAUGCAAAUCGUCACUUAUACUUAU